AUGGGGGCCGCGACGGCCUCCUUCCGCAGCGGCACGUACAUUUGCGACACAUGGAACGCGUGGAAUUGCUUCCCCGACGUCCCGACGAUUGUGCGCUGGAGCGACGACGGCGUCGGCGUCGAGUGCAUGUCGACGGACGGCAAGACGUGUUUGCCGACGACGACGCCCGACGCCUGCAUCCAGCUCAAGCGACAACCGCCGACGUACACGUCAAACAUCAAGUGCUCGAUGAGUUUGCCCAAAGAUCAUUCGUUCGACUGUGACGCCGCCACCAACGCAGUCAUCCUACGCUACGUUGGCGCCGAAAGCUUCCACAUCGUCGCCUUAUGCGACAACGACUGCCCCCCAGUCGUACGGAACACCCGUACCAAGCUCCGACGCCCCCAAAGCGACGACUGCUGCGCCUAA